AUGCAUCACUCUUCGACCGCUUUCACCUCACUUGCGGCCAGAAUGGGAGCCCUCGUAGCUUCAACACGGGCAACGCUGGUGGAAAUUCUCGAAGCGCGGAACGAUCGUCGGGCCUCAUCAAUCGUCUCAGGCCCUAUACGAUGUCCUCCCAACCCCGCAGGCUCUACGACCUCAGCGACAUCGCCACCUCCAGCCCCGCUCACGGAGGCGAUUCUACGCGCUCUCAAGGCCCUCGUCCUCGCUACGCCGACCGCAAAGCUUCGUCGCUCUCACCUGGACGUGCUGCAGGGCCCGCUGCUCCGUCUCUCCUCGCACGCUGACCCAACGGUCGCGAUUGCCGCCUACGUCGUGCUUUCGACGCUGAGCCCAGCGAAUCCUGGUAGUAUGGAAGCGGCGCCAGCAGUAGCUAUCAACGAGUCUGCGCCGUCUUCUUCCUCACCUGUCUCGGGUGUAAUCGCUCGCAUCAUCCAGUCAAACGGUGCCGACAGCAGCUCUCGAUUGGAUGGCGAAGCCCUAGCCCAAGCCUGGUCUGCUCUCAGCAGCUUCCUGUCAACGCGCUUCGCCGAAGUCAUGGAGCAAGAAGCAUCGCUGCUCGCACGUCUUCAGUCACAUGCAAGUCACGAAGAGCAAGCAGUCAGGCAAGCAUGCGUCGCAUUUGUUGGGGCGUCGCUCGAAGGGAAGAUUGCUGCUGCUAGUACAGCUCCUGACAGUCCGAUUGAGCUCUUAUCCCUUUACUCCACGGUUACCAAGAAAGCAGCAAUAGACCCCUCGCCCCUCGUCCGCUCUGAAGUGGCACAGGCUCUGCCUUCUCUGCUCAGGCUUGAGGCAGCGGCAGCCCCUUGCCCUACUUCGAAGGGACCAAAAUCAGCCCCGCUGCCUCCCUCGGCAUCAAUUUUGCAAGAUCUCCUCCUCGACUCAGCAGGCGGCGGAGAGGCAUCGGUGCAAGCAGCUGCGGUGAGGGCGGUGGGGGUGCUCUUCUCCUCGCUAAGCUCGUCAAGCUCCACGCCCCCACCCGUCGAGGAGGCUGCGACUUCAUCGGCUCCAGCUCCAGCGCGUUCCUCUCAACUGUCAGGUAUCAGCCUCUCAUCCCUCCUUGCCUUCACCCUCUCACACGCCUUGUGCCCCGAGCUGGUUCGCAGCCCCGCCCUCCUCGUCCGGCUACGCGCAGCAUGGACGCUGGCGAACGUGUGUCAGACGGUUGCAGAGAGUCGAGCAGGCGGCGGUCUAGUCGAAGCUCAUGAUGGGCAGCUGUGGGUGCAGCUGAUAGGCACGGUCAGCAAAGGGCUUGAAGAUGACGAAAGGAUAGCAUGCAAUGCGAUGCGUGGAGUUGGCCUACUGCUCUCGGUCGCUAGCGAGAAAGAGCUUACGCCGGAUGCAGAGACCAAUAAUGGACUCAGUACGACAGAAGCACCACUUGGCGUCAUCUACACCAUCUUAGAGCGGUCGCGCACUGCAAAGAGUCCCAAGCUCAAGUGGAACGCGAUCAUUGCUCUGGCUGCUGCAUUGGGCAAUGACCGUGUACGGAGGAGGUGCAGCAUGGCCAAAGCGUUGGAAUCCGGCAAUUUUGAUACCAGUCUAUCCUCCAUUCUCGCUCAGCAUCUGUGGCACUCCGUCACAACCUCACGAAUCUUCAAGGUCCGUCUAGCCGCCAUCUCAGCAUUACGGCGUCUUGAGGCGCUCCGCGACUUUGGUGGCCAACGAACUGAGGUUGCAGCGAUGUUGGAGCAGGUGAAGACGGCGAGGGAUAGAGUGGAUGGCGAUGUGGCCGAGGCAACAUUCAGAGAGGCGCAACUGCAUGGAGAGGGUUUGAGGAGAGGGCUGGAUGGCUUAGUGGAGCACCUGAUUGACGUGCUCAACGUGCCUGACGCAGGGGGAAGAUGA